CCGCCCCCCGGCUGGGAACCCAUGGAGCUUGCUGCUAACCUAUGGAGCUUACUGGGCCCCGGCCUUGGCUGUGCAUCACACAAUGAGCUUCGCACACGGCCUCCCCCUUCCGCAUUUUCCUGAGGCUCUGCGCCAGUGACGUUUACUGCUGACGGCUGCUCGGCCAGGAGAGCUGCCCGCUCUUUUUUUCCCUCUCUCCCUCCUUCCCCCUCUCAGCAAUCGAGCUCGGCCCCUCCCUUUCUGCCUCUCGCACUCGCUCUAUACCUUCCCCCCCUCCUCCCUCCCUUCGAAUCAGCCAUCGCGUUCGGGCCUAAAGAGACGAGCAAGGCAGAAUAGGAAACCGUGCGGGAAAUUCCCGCCAACGUUCCGCAGAGUGUUGGCUAAUGUUUGUUCAGAGUCAUGGAAGAUGUAGCAGAACUUGAACUUCAGACAACAGAGCCGCAUGCAUUUUUUCAUGCUUCAGGAGCCGGAGAUCGACAUCUUAAUGGGAAUGAAAUAAUUGUGGAAAUACAAGAAACUGUCUUUGUGGCCGAUGGAGAUGGAAAUAUGGCAGUGCAGGGCUUUGGACCAGAUGAGGGUGACUCUGUUGUAAUUCAGGAUGUCAUUGAGGAUGUUGUAAUUGAAGAUGUCCAGUGCUCGGAUAUCUUGGAUGGAGCCAGAGUAUCUGAGGCUGUUAUUAUCCCUGAACAGGUUCUGGAAGAUGAGGUGGGCACAGGGGACGAAGAACAAGUGCUGGAAGACGAUUCAUUAACAUCCUGCGAUGUACCAGACAAUGUCUUGGACUCUGAACUUGUUGAUGGUGAAUUGACUAUUCCUGACUCAGAAACUGGCGUGCAUUCUGUUUCAGGACAUGUUGUAGGAGAGGAAAUAACAGAUGAUGCACUGGAGGAGGACAUGAUUUCAGAGGAGGUCUUAGUAGCAGACUGUGUCUCAGAAGCAGUAAUUGAUGCUAAUGGGAUCCCAGUGCAUGAAAACGACAGUGAGGAGGUGAAUUGUGAUGAUUACCUUAUGAUCUCCUUGGAUGAUGCAGAAAAGAUUGAUGAAGAUGGUGCGGAGGAGAUAACCAUGAGGGGUGCAGUAGAAGGGGACUCCAGCAAGUUGGAUGGGUCAUGUCCAGAAGUCAUCAAGGUGUAUAUUUUUAAAGCAGACCCUGGUGAAGAAGACUUGGGAGGCACAGUAGAUAUUGUGGAAAGCGAGUCUGAAAAUGAUCAUGGAGAUGGAUUUCUUGAUUCUCACAAUGGAGGACGUAUGCCAAGGGAAAAGAUGGUGUACAUGGCUGUGAAUGACUCUCAGAAUGACGAUGACCUGGAUGUUGCUGAGAUUGCAGAUGAAGUAUACAUGGAGGUGAUUGUUGGAGAGGAGGAUGCGGCAGUAGCACAUGAACAUCAACUGGAGGAUGCUGAACUGAGCAAGACUUUCAUGCCAGUUGCCUGGGCUGCUGCUUAUGGUAAUAAUACUGAUGGUAUUGAGCACAGAAAUGGAACAGCCAGCGCUCUUUUGCACAUAGAUGAAUCAGAUGGCUUGGACAGGCUAACGAAACAAAAACCAAAGAAGAAAAGGAGAGGAGAAAACAGGCAGUACCAAACAGCCAUAAUUAUUGGACCAGACGGCCACCCACUUACUGUUUACCCAUGUAUGAUCUGUGGCAAGAAGUUCAAGUCUCGAGGCUUCCUAAAAAGACACAUGAAAAAUCACCCUGAGCACCUGGCCCGCAAGAAGUAUCGUUGCACAGACUGCGACUACACCACUAACAAGAAGGUGAGCCUACACAACCAUCUGGAAAGCCACAAACUGACAGCUGCAGUCAUCAAGACCGAAAAGGAUCUGGAGUGUGAGGAAUGUGGGAAGAUAUUCCUACAUGCAAAUGCUUUGUUUGCCCAUAAGUUAACACACAAAGAAAAAGCUGGCAACAAGAUGCACAGAUGUAAGUUCUGCGACUAUGAGACAGCAGAGCAGGGUUUGCUAAACCGGCACUUGUUAGCUGUACACAGCAAGAGUUUCCCUCACAUAUGUGUGGAGUGUGGGAAGGGCUUCCGUCACCCGUCUGAGCUUAAGAAACACAUGAGAACACACACAGGAGAGAAACCGUAUUUGUGCCAGUAUUGUGAUUACAGGUCUGCUGAUUCAUCCAACUUGAAGACCCACGUCAAGACCAAGCACAGUAAAGAGAUGCCCUUUAAGUGUGAUAUUUGCUUGCAGACUUUUGCAGAUUCUAAAGACUUGCAGGCACAUGCCAUUCUACAUCAGGAAAGCAAGAGCCACCAAUGCCUGCACUGUGACCACAAGAGCUCGAACUCCAGUGAUCUGAAGCGACACAUUAUUUCUGUACAUACCAAGGACUAUCCACACAAGUGUGAGGUUUGUGAGAAGGGCUUUCAUAGGCCCUCGGAACUUAAAAAGCACGAGGCAGCACACAAGGGUAAAAAGAUGCACCAGUGCAGGCACUGUGAGUUCCAGAUUGCAGAUCCAUUUGUGCUGAGCCGACAUAUAUUAUCUGUACAUACUAAGGAGUUGCCAUUUAGAUGCAAACGAUGUAAAAAAGGCUUUAGGCAGCAAAUGGAACUGAAAAAGCACAUGAAGACUCACAGUGGUAAAAAAGUGUACCAGUGCGAGUACUGUGAGUACAACACCACUGAUGCUUCCGGCUUUAAACGACAUGUCAUUUCCAUCCACACCAAAGACUACCCUCAUCGUUGUGACUACUGCAAGAAAGGCUUUAGGCGGCCAUCUGAAAAGAACCAGCAUACCUUGAAACAUCAUAAAGAGGCUGGCUUAAUUUGACCUUGCACAGGACUUUUUCCAACAUAAAGACACAGACCUAGACCCAUUCUUGUAAAAUGUACUGUCUGUUUUUGCCCUUCGUCUUUGCAUUUUUUUUUUUUUUUAAAUAGUUUACAUGCCUCUUGUUAAACUAAUAUUAUUUUUAUACUCCACCUCUGCUCUUUGUUUAAUAAAUUAACAAAGUUGCAAGCUGAGGAAGAUGCUGUAGAUGUAUCUUUUUAUUCUUCUUCCUCUCCCUAAGUAUUUAAGCCUGGAUUUUUUCAUUUGUUUAUUUUGCUUAUUUUUUAAGAGCAGUUCAUCUUAAAUAAAGCUGCUAUGAUCACUUAAAAUACAACAUACAUUUUAAUCUCUUACUUGAUGCUUUAAAGUGGAAACUGGGUCUGCUUGCUGCUGAAGGACCACAAGAAUAACGCAGAGCCCUAAUUUUAUAAAUAUUUAUAUAGUAUUCCUCAAUAGUGGAAUCCUUGUCAGCUCAGCAAGGAAUGUAGUUACACUGCAUGUUAUGGGCUUUUGUGACAUAACAACACACCUGUGCCCAGAUAGGGAAAAAUUCUCCAACCCACUUUUGCAAAGCAAUUUUAUGUUGCAAAGAUUGCCACCCAGUUAAUAUUACAUACCAAAAUAUGCAGACUUUUCACAAAAAUAAUUUGCAACAAUUUUCUGGCAAUAUUUAUCCAUAGAACUGCUGAGCACUCUGCAUUGGUUAUUAGAAUAUAUGUAUAUUAUUAAAGCUAUACUGCACAGUGGGAGUAGCUACAUGUUCUCAUAAAUGUUGACAAAUUUGUAAAAAUGCACUGAUAACACACACACAAGAUAUAUUUUUAUACAUAAGCAUUAGUUGUACCUGGCAUCUGUUUGCAUUCUGUUAAAAAUUUGCAUGUUUCUUGUGUUUACUUAUAAAUGUAAGUUAUAAGUAACGUAUAAAGGGCAGCAACCGCAAACAAUGAAAUAGAAUGAUGGCAGACUGAAAUAGAAUGCUUAUUUUUUUUUUUCUUUCUUUUUUCAUUGUUUUGGUAAUCAAGGUUUUUUUUGUCAAAGUAGCAUUUUAUCACAGGCAGUAGAGCCCCAGUGUGAGGCUGGGAGGCCUACUGGCAGACCUAUGCAGCCAUAGACAAUAUGAGAAAAAGAAAAGGAGAACUUCCUGCAGUUGCUGGACUGGAAAGCUAAAGCAUAUCAGUUGUGACAUCCAAAGCAGAAUUUCUGGUUUUUGUGAGUCUGUUCUGUAAAGGGAUAUUUAAUAAAAUACAUGGAGAACACAAGCUCAGGCAACAAACUGCUUCUUAAAAUAUAUGAAUAUGGGCUAAUGCACAUUUGCUGUUAAGUAUUUGAAUCAUAGAAGUCACCAAGUUACACGACCAUAUAAAGACACAAGGCAGCUGCCGGAGUACCUUUUAUAUGGGUCAUGGAUGUUUGUAUUAAAAUUUUGAGUAGGGAUGUACUAUCCAUUUUAUGAUCUCUUUAUUGGGGCAGUUGUAUAAUGAUUUGAAGGUUUUAGAAGCUGCAAUGCUGCCUCUAUUUUCUUCCUUGUCAAGACAAAAUUGACUUAUCUAAUGUAGCUUUUGGUUUAGCUUAAAGUCUUCUACCUUUCACUACGCAGCCAAUCUGUGCCACUGCUAUUGAAUGGCUAGUCUUCCCAUGAAAAUGAAGUUAGCUAAGAUGUCUAUGGCAGGGAUGUUUCAGUGUAAGUGGAAAUAGUAGCAUCACUGAAAUACUUGUCACUGCUUUAUAGAUACAUGUUCAGGGACUGGCAUAUUUGCAGAAUGUGGGUAGAAGAUGAUUUAUUUCAUCAUGAUAUAUAAUACAGCAGGACAUAAUUACUUCCAUAGUUCAGAAAACACAUAAUUAUUGGUCAGUGAAACACUCUCUUUUAUGUAAGUCACUUGUUUUUACUUAAGUUAAAACAGUGUUUGUAUGUUUUUAAAUGAUAUUAAAUAUAAAUACUACAAAACAUGUUAUAUACUUGAAUACAGUAUUGUCAAGACAGACAACAUUGCCAGCAUUAGAAAAGUAUUUAUUUAUGUUUAAACUUCAUUCUGAUAGAAAGAUGUGUGCUUUGUCAUUGGCCCUUAUUUACAAUAAAAAGUCAUUAGUGCAGCAGCGUCUCCAUGCUGUGGGGCCAGAUAACAGGUAUAACAUGUUGAGUCAGUCCUAUUAAAAUGGAUCACCUGUACAACCCCUGAGUGGAGGGGCAGAGCCUUUUAUUUUCAGCCAAACUCCUUAGCUUCCACCACAGCAAAAUGCCUUUCUGAAUCUGAAUUGGCUGAAGGAAAAAGGCUAGGAACUGCUGGGAUUUGUAAUGCUUUGUGCCAAAAUUGCAUCAUAGAAAGGGCAUUGCUUAUGAAAACUUUGGGGCAGAUUUAUCAAAAUCUGAGAACUAUUAACAUUUUUCUUGGUACAAAUUAUAUGAGAGAGAGCACCAGAAAAUGUGUUUUUCAGCCAGUUUUCCAAACUUGGGGAUUUAUUAUUCUGAGAGAGACAUGAUAUUUGGUUCAUAUAACUAUAUUUCUUAUCUCGGCACUGAAAUAUUGACCCCCCCCCCCUUAAUGGCACAUAACAUUAAAAAGUUUAAUUAUAGACGGAACGCUCUGAAACCGGAUUUUUCUAUCCUAUCAUGUAUAUAGUCAAAAAUUAUCCCUUUUGGUAAUUCAUGUAUCAGUAUUGCUCUUUGCCAGAUCAGCUUUUGUCAGUUUAGUUUCUUCUAACAAUAAUUUAUGUUCAGGCUUAAAACUUUAUUUUAAAGGUUUUUGUAUGGAAUAUGAACAUGAAUUUUAUGACACUCAAAUUCCUUAACCUAAAUUGUUUGCCCAUAUAUUCAACCCUUUUACUUACCGAAACAUCCAUUUCUGUGGCCAGUUCAUUUGUUACCAACCAAACUGGCGAGCCCAUCACUCGCUCGUUCUGUGGGGAUGUUCCGACCCUUAUGAGUAAUCGGCUUCUCAUUUCCCCAGGUUUAAGUUGAUUGAUUGUCAGGGCCCUGUUCAUCAUGGAAGUAGCUGAUGUCUAUAUUAUGCCUGUAUAUUUUGAGAGCUGGAUAGCGGCAUUUGUGAAUGAAUACAUUUUCUCUUUCCAGCUAUUGUGUUGAUAUGUAUGGCAAGCUUAAACUGCCAUUUAUUGUCUUAUAUUUAGGCACAGUUUCAGUAUGCUUGUAUCACAGCAGGAGAUUAUUGGCCAUUAAGCUGCCACUACUAUCCCUAGAUAGUCACAACACAUUAAAUUACCCAGAUAUAUAUUAUAUAUUGAGAACUCUAGGAUUCAAUAAGUCCAUGUGUUUUCUUCUGUUACUUUAUACAGAAACAGUAGACGCAAUAAAACGCGAUCAAGUCUCCUAGUGUGGCAUUAGCGGACGGCAGGGAAAUGAGAUGUGAAUGGAUUCAUUAUAAGAACCCUGUCUUACUAUAUUUAUUUUUAAUGUGCAUCUGAAACCUUAGUUACUGUAUUUGUUAGUACUGGCCCUUUGUGUAUGUGUGUUUAAGGUUUAGUGUUCUUUUAAUCCCUAAGCACUUUUUCUGAGCCUGUUAGAUUGAUAUUGUGUAUCUCCUGAGUUAGUCUGUCAGUUAUGCAGCUUAUAAUUAUACGUAUUUAUCUCCGUGAUUCAUAUUUACAGUCCUGUUUUGUUGCGUCACCUGAAAUAGAAGUUGUGUUUGCAAACAAUGCUGUUUAGCGCUUCUAUAUAUACCGAGUGUGAGUUCUUCAGCUGAGCUAAAGCCUGAAGCACCUUGCAGCCCAGACCUAAAUAUCUGCCUUUAUUCCCUCACAUUUCUGAUUAAUAGCACUUGUUACCUAUUGUUUAAUAUUAGACUUAUUUAAUGUUCCCAACCAUCUCUCAGUCUUUCCCUUCCAGCUAUUGGAACCCCAAUCCAACUUUCUUUUGCUGUCCUUCAUUAAACAUUAAAUCCUGUUCUAGGGUUCCAAAUGUUCUGUUUCAUUCAGAAUUUGUUGCUGAAUGCAGAUUGGGUGUAAGAUUUAAUUAACUUGUUUAUAGAAACAUAAUUUGGUAAAAGUGUGGCAUUACCCAAAACUGCAGCUUCUAACUUGGCAAAAAUAAAAUGGCGAAUGUACUACUUGGUGUAUUGUAUUUUCCCUUUAAUAAUUAAGGGGGUUGUUUACCUUUAGACUAACUUUGAGUAGGCUGUAGAGAGUUGUGUUCUGAGACUAUUUGUAAUUGUUCUCAUUUGUUAUUAUUUGUGGUUUUUAAGUUAUUUCUCUAUUUGUUCAGCAGUUCUUCAGAUUGUAAUUUUAGCAGCUAUCUGGUUGCUAAUUACCAUAUUAACCUAGCAACCGGACAGUGGUUUGUAUAAGAAACUGGAAUAAGAAUAGGAGAGGGUUUGAAUAGAUUGAUAAGGAAUAAAAAGUAACAAUAAAAUUGUAACAUCACAGAGCAACCUUUUCUUUGGCUGCUGAGAUCCGUGACCCAUUUGAAAGCUGGAAAGAACCAGAAGAGGAAAGCAAAUAAUUAAAACGCAAAAAAUGAAGACCAUUUAAAAAAAGUUUGCUAAGAACUGGCUAUUCUGUAACACACUAAAAGUUAACUUCAAGGUGAACCACCCUUUUAUGGCUUGUCAUUGUGUGCUCCUUAAUAAUAUACACAUUGUAACUGAUGAAAGUCUUCAUUAUAAUGCUGAUUUUGUCCAUCCUCGGAGGGAAUAUAGCGAACUGCCUGAUGAUCUUUGUUCUAGAGGCUUUUGUUUGCUAGGCUAAAAGCAAAAUACCUGCAGAGCAGGAUUAAAAUAAGCCGGAGCUUAACAGGAAACUAUGUAUAAAGAAUUCAGGCAGAGAGAAGGCUGUUUCCCUGCGACUUGUCUUUUUAGUAAGAUGCUAAAGUAUGUAGAGUGUUUUAUUUGCAGAGUUGGACUGUAUAUAUACAUGUACAUUAUUAUUUUUUUAAGCACAAAAUGAAUUCCUUGUCCUAAACACGGGAUUGGCUAAAGUGGAUUUUGUAUAAUACAUGUGUAUACAGAGACUGUAGCUAUUGUUCUUGUAAGUUCUGUAGUUACCAUGGAAUUUUAAUGAAGUCGACAGGACGCGCGCUAUAUACUUUCAAUGUUUCAUUUGAAUGUUUUUAAGAGGUACUUUUUUUUUUUUUUUUUUUUUUUAACACGAGGAUAUAAUGUAAAUGAUCCAUUAGGCCCACCCUGUAACAUAUUGUAUUCUCCGAUUCUCUGUAAAAAUGUGUACAAAAAGCAGAAUCAAUAUAGGGAUGUAAGAUGACAUUGUAACUGUGUAUUUGACAAUGUGCAAAAAUAAAGAUCAGAAUAUUUUCCUGUUA